AUGGUGCUAAUGGAGGGUGGGGGAACAGCUGAUGUUGAAGAUAGACUUCGCCACAAUUGGUGGGCCACGCUCGUGACCAAUUGGCAGGUAUGGCCAGCGUUCCAGUUUGUGAACUUUUACGUCGUUCCAGUACAGUUUCGGUUGCUGGCGGUGAAUGUGGUAAGCAUUGCGUGGAACUGUUUCCUGAGCCUGCGCAAUGGGAGCAAGAGAAAGGAGGACGAGAAGCCGGUGCAUAAUCCGCCUGUUCCGGUUUGA